GCCGCGGCCCACGGGACUCGGGCGAGCGGUGCCGGCCGCUGCUGGCAGCAGCUGUGCUGAAGGUCUCCAGCCCUCGCCGUGCUUUUUGCGUGCGGAGGUACACGGGAGCGGGCGGGGGCGCGGAGCAGGCCUGCUGGGUAGCUCCGAGCACCGAUGUCGGGGCCUCGCGGCAGCCCUUGCCUUUGGUAUUUGCUUCAUGUGUUGGACACAACGAACGCCUUAGAGCUCACCUAUUUUUUAUUCAUAGGGAGCCUGUUAGAAUUUUUUGUUUCUUUUAAAGAGAAUACAUGCCUGUUAGAACAGCAAAUACAUUCCCUGCCAUAUGUGCUGAGGAAAGCUGGUAAAUUUUUCCAUAACCUUAUGGAGAAAAAGGACUUUGAAGCAUGGCUUGAUAACAUUUCUAUUACAUUUCUUUCUCUGACGGACUUGCAGAAAAAUGAAACUCUGGAUCACCUGAUUAGCUUGAGUGGAGCAGUCCAGCUCAGGCACCUCUCCAAUAAUCUAGAGAUUCUCCUCAAGAGGGACUUCCUCAAACUUCUUCCAUUGGAACUUAGUUUUUAUCUGUUAAAAUGGCUUGAUCCUCAGACCUUACUCACGUGUUGCCUCGUCUCUAAGCAGUGGAAUAAGGUUAUAAGUGCCUGUACAGAGGUGUGGCAGACUGCAUGUAAGAAUUUGGGUUGGCAAAUAGAUGACUCUGUUCAGGAUCCUCUGCAUUGGAAGAAGGUUUACCUAAAGGCUAUUUUAAGGAUGAAGCAACUGAAGGACCAUGAAGCCUUUGAGACAUCCUCUUUAAUUGGACACAGUGCCAGAGUAUAUGCACUUUACUAUAAAGAUGGACUUCUGUGUACAGGAUCAGAUGACUUGUCUGCAAAACUCUGGGAUGUAAGCACAGGUCAGUGCAUAUAUGGUAUCCAGACACACACUUGUGCUGCAGUGAAGUUUGAUGAACAAAAGCUUGUAACAGGAUCUUUUGAUAACACAGUAGCCUGUUGGGAAUGGAGCUCUGGGGCAAAGACACAACAUUUUAGAGGACAUACUGGUGCAGUUUUUAGUGUGGAUUACAAUGAUGAACUUGAUAUUCUGGUCAGUGGCUCUGCAGACUUCACUGUGAAAGUAUGGGCCUUAUCAACAGGAACGUGCCUGAAUACCCUUACUGGACACACGGAAUGGGUCACUAAGGUAGUUUUGCAGAAGUGCAAAGUCAAGUCUCUUAUGCAUAGUCCUGGGGAUUAUAUUCUUCUAAGUGCAGAUAAGUAUGAAAUCAAGAUUUGGCCUAUUGGAAGGGAAAUAAACUGCAAGUGCUUAAAAACACUGUCUGUUUCUGAAGAUCGCAGCAUCUCCCUACAGCCCAGACUGCACUUUGAUGGCAAAUACAUAGUGUGCAGUUCAGCACUAGGAUUAUACCAGUGGGACUUUGCCAGCUAUGAUAUUCUCAGGGUUAUCAAACCUCCUGACUUCUCAAAUGUGUCCUUGCUGGGCUUUGGAGAGAUAUUUGCUCUACUGUUUGAUAACAGAUACCUGUAUAUAAUGGACUUGAGGACAGAAAAACUGAUAAGUCGAUGGCCUCUACCAGAGUAUAGAAAGUCAAAGAGAGGUUCAAGCUUUUUGGCUGGUGAAAUGUCUUGGUUAAAUGGACUAAAUGGCCAAAAUGAUAUGGGGUUGGUUUUUGCCACCAGUAUGCCAGACCAUAGUAUCCAUUUAGUGUUAUGGAAAGAACAUGGCUGAAAAGCUUACAUAUGCAGAAUCUUCAGGAAUAUAUGGACUAUCAGCAGUGUGUCCAUAAAAUGAGACUUUGCAUGAACCAAAGUUGCACACCUAAUGGUAUCAUCAUGCAAUGCACAAUCAUUUACUUUUUUUUGGGCAUUUGGGAAUGGGUUGUUUUGGACAUAAUGCAAUACAGCAUGCUAACAGUAUUCACCACAAAAUUUUGUCUGUAUUCAUGUUUAAGCAUACCUAUUUGGGCUCUGAAGCAUAGCUUGUAAAGUUUAAACCAUUCAAAUCCACCAUCAAGUCUGAAAUGAAGUAGUGCUUGACCUGACUUCUGACCUAUUUUUUCUUGUUGAAACAGAAGGUGAAGCUACUAUUUUGGAAUCACAAGCUUUUGUACAUGUAACAGCAAAUACUGGUUACAGUGCAUGGCUGCUUAACUUAAAUAAGAAGAUAGCAAACCCUUUCUCUUUUCGGUAUCAUUCUCUUCAAAAUGUUUUUCCUUAUGAUAGCUUUAAACACAUAGCCUUUGACAUAGACGAAUCAAAUGAGUCCUUUAACUAGGUUCAUAUGCUAACAAUAAUCAUUACUUGGUUUCAGCUCAGAAACAUGGCAAUAUGAACUCUCCUCAGUGAGAAUGAGCCAACUUUUCAUCUAUCUGAUAGAGCUUGCCAUCACAAUUAACCUUAGUGAACCUCUGACAAUAUGCAUCAUAUUGCUGAUGGUAACUCAGAAUGGCUUGAUCAGUAUUUUAUAGUCCAUAUUUCCUAUCGUGUGUGUGAGAACAUAACCUAGUUCACAGGUAGGUAGAAAUAUAAUGAAUGGGAAGAUGAUGUUCAGUCUUUACAGCAAGAGUCACUCUCUUUCUUACAUUAAAUGAUGUCUAGCAGCCAUUCAAUUUUUCCAAAAGUUGCAGUCAAUAUAAUCAUGCACUUAAAGUAGUUGCUACAUGUAGAUUUGAAAAGCAGGGGUGAAUAACAGUGAGAAUGCCACAUC